UAAAUUGAAAACUUGGGAAUGGUAUGUAUAUCCUGACAAAGAAUAUCAAAAAAGAGUUUCAAAUAGAGAACGCCACCAAUCUAAUUAGUGAAUGUAGAACUAUAUUACGCAACCUUUGAACAUUGUAAAGUAGGUCACAAAGUCAUCAACUUCAACCAAAUCUUACAGAAGAACUUUACUGAGAAAGAUUACCAUCUGAAUUUAAGAUUACAAACUUAGAGUUGGAAAGUAAUAUUAAUAAUAAUAAAAGAAAUAAAAACAAUGAUAAAAUUAACACUUCACAACCGGCGCCGGCGAUUUCUCUAAGCCCCAAUAGACUCUCUCGCCAUUUUCCCUUCCCCCCUUGUUGCACCCAUCCAAUACUGCGGGAGCUCAGUCCAAUUCCAAUGGCUGCAACCUUUCUUCCCACUACCAAAUUCCCUCCUCCUUGGCUGCUCCUCUCAUCUGAAAGGCCUUUUCCUGUUCAUUUAUCCUUUCAACUACCAAAUUUUAUCAAUACCAAUGGACCCAUCUACUCCACCUCAAAAUUUAGGCCUCUGCAAGCCCUUAUGAGCUCUUCUUCUCUAAAGAACGUAGCUGAGUCCAAUUUCGAGGGUUCCACUCUCCGGGAAAUCUGCAAUGGACGUGUUCCCGAGCAUAUACUGCGCAGAACUGAGGAAAUUGGAUUUGUUGCCCCAACUGAUGUGCAGAGGCAAGCUCUCCCGGUUUUGUUUUCGGGUCGGGAUUGUGUGCUUCAUGCGCAGACAGGUUCUGGAAAGACACUGACAUAUUUGCUAUUGAUAUUUUCUGUCAUCAACGCUCAUAAAUCAGCUGUUCAAGCAUUGAUUGUAGUACCCACACGGGAGUUAGGAAUGCAAGUUACAAAAGUUGCUAGGAUGUUAGCCGCCAAGCCUGCUGCAUCUGAAGAUGGGCUAAAUUCUUAUGUUGUCAUGGCUCUUUUAGAUGGAGGCUUGUUGAGAAGACACAAGACUUGGUUAAAGGCAGAUCCCCCUGAAAUACUGGUGGCGACUGUAGGGAGCUUGUGCCAAAUGGUAGAGAGACAGUUUCUUGACCUUGGUUCAUUGAAUGUGCUGGUAAUUGAUGAGGUUGAUUUCAUGUUUAGUUCCUCAAAGCAAGUUAGUUCCCUUAAAAAACUAUUGACGUCAUAUUCUUCAUUCAGUAACCGUCAGACUAUUUUUGCAAGUGCGUCAAUUCCACAGCAUAGGCAUUUUCUUCAAGAUUGUAUACAGCAGAAGUGGACCAAGAAUACUGUUAUUCAUAUUCAUAUUAACUCAACUCAGCCCAUGCCAUCAUGUUUACUUCACAGAUUUGUGACAUGCGAGAAGAACAAAAAGCAUCAAACCCUCCUGACCUUGUUACUAACAGAUAUUCCUCAGUCUGCGAUCAUUUUUGUCAGUGAGCAGUCAGAGAAGUCAAAAAAGGCCGGAAAGAUUCCACCAACAACCUUGAUGAUUGAUUUCUUGAAGGCCUCAUAUGGCGGUUGUUCUGACGUCAUUCUUCUUGAGGAAGAUGUGAAUUACAAUUUACGAGCAUCUUCCCUGUCGGAAGUGAGACAAGGAGGAUGUUAUCUUAUAGUAGCAACUGACAUAGUGGCCAGGGGAAUUGAUUUGCCUGAAACAACUCAUAUAUACAACUUCGAUCUGCCUCGAUGUGCUAUCGACUAUCUUCAUCGAGCUGGACGGACAGGUAGGAAACCAUUUUCCGAGGAGAAGUGUGUGGUUACUAACCUUAUAACAUCAGAAGAGAGGUUUGUUCUGCAAAAAUUUGAAAAUGAACUGCUGUUUAUCUGUGAGGAGGUGGCUGUUUAGACCAUGAAUCUCUAACUUCAACAUUUAUAUGAUGCCCGACCUAGGGUUGAAAUUUCAUGCUUAUACAAACACAUGAUUUUAAUUAUAAUAUCCAAUUCUUUCUUUUA